AUGCAGCCGAAAUAUGUGGAUCCGAAUGAAUGGCUGGCUGCCAAUACCCUUGAUUUUUUCCACUACAUCAACAUGUUUUUUGGAUCCGUGAGCGAUUUCUGUACCCCUGCAUCGUGUCCUAUAAUGCAUGCUGGAGCAGCAUGCGAGUAUACAUGGGUGGAUAGUCAAAAGCGUAGUGUGAAACUCGCAGCACCACAGUAUAUUGACUAUGCAAUGGCGUGGAUUCAGAGUGUGCUGAAUGAUGAAUCGGUUUUUCCUACUAAAGCAGAUGUAGAGUUUCCCAAAGAUUUUCGUGCAACAGUGCGACUUAUCUUCAAGCAACUGUUCCGUGUCAUGGCUCAUAUCUACCAUGCACACUACGACACCAUUUUGCAUCUCUCAUCAGAGGCUCAUCUCAACACUCUGCUGGCACACUAUAUUUGCUUUGGACGGGACUUUGAUUUGAUUGACAAAAAGGACACGGCACCCAUGGCAGAUUAUAUUUUAUUGCUCGAGGAAAUGGGACGAAUAUAA